GGUGUUUUCUCAACUUCCACUUCUCUCUAUUUUGAGAUUAUAAUUUUUCCCUGCAAAAAAAGCGCCACCACUAAAGUUUCAAAUCACAAUCCCCCGCCAAAACAGACACUGUUCAAUUUCACUAUCAUUUUCCCCCUCAAUCUCCCAUCAGCAUGUGCAAAAAUAAACGCACCGAUUCAACAAAUUGCCUGCCCAUAACUUGCAAUUAUGCCAAACGCGCCAUAGUUGAUAGUCAUUAAAGAUAGCUAUGGAGAGUGGAAUGGUAUCAGUGGAUCGUUGGAUUGCUGGAAGCCAAGUUUACUUUCUAACUCACAUUCACGCGGACCAUGAGCAGUAAUGUAUCUGUUUCGUGGUGAAUUUGGCUGCACACUGUAUACUGGGGAUUUUCGUUGGGAGAGCACAAGUGAGAGAGCACAAACUGGAAAGACCACGCUGCUUAAAGCUAUGGAGGAUGUAAAGCUUGACAUGCUUUUCUUGGAUAACACUUACUGUAACCCUACAUACUGUUUUCCUUCACGUGAAGUUGCUGCAAAACAGGUUUUAAGCAUCAUAUCCUCUCAUCCUAAUCAUGAUAUUAUCAUUGCUGUUGAUACACUGGAGAAAGAAAAUCUUCUGCUGUACAUAUCACGUGUCCUGAAAACAAAGAUUUGGGUGUGGCCAUAACGCUUACGAAUUAUGCAUCUUCUUGGGUUCCAUGACAUCUUUACGACAAAAACUUCAAUGACAAGGAUUCGUGCUGUUCCUCGUUAUAGGUUUAACAUUGAGACUCUGGAGGGACUGAAUACAAUGCGUCCGACCAUAGGGAUCAUGCCAUCUGGUCUCCCUUGGGCUUCAAAAGCUUUCAGAGGAAAGGGAAAACUUUCCUUGGAAUCUCCUCCUUUUGCUCCUUCAUAACAGGUGGCACACAAAUAUUACCACACCAAAUGGAGAUCCGUUAACUGCAGGGAGAUGUGAUCAGUACAUAUAUACAGUUCUAUAUUCUGAUCACUCAUGCUUGCCGGAGUUACAAAAAUUUGUUGAGUUUCUGAAGCCAAUUAAUAUCAAUGGCAUUGUAUCUUCAACUGCUUCUUAUGUUGACCCCCUUUACCACUUUGGAAGCCUUUGUCGAAUCCAACAAGCAUCAGAGCUCUUAUGCCAGAGGCUCAAAAGUAAAAGAUACGAAAAAAUUGGAGUCACUGACACGAAGUCUCCCUUUGGGCACCAGUACAAUGCAAUUAGGGAGGAAAAGGAGAAAUUUCUGGUGCAGGUAUUCAUGUUAGUAGGGUGAGGUUGUUGAGAAGAGAGAGAAAAGGAGUAAAGAAUGUUGACACAGAUCCUGAUUAACCUACUAGAUGGCUUUAACUAGCUAUUUUCAAAUGCACAGGUUCUGAAGUCAUUUCAUUGUGUGUAAUGAAGUUGAACUUGCUUCCACUGAGUCGGUAGGAGCAGAAAAGGGAGCUUAGUUUAGAUCGUAACUUGUAAGUCUCUGGAUCAUCUAUUAAAAUUGAAGAGGUCACGAGUUCAGUUUCUUACUUGGUCUCCACAUGGCUCAUAUUACUUUGUGUAGAACUUUUCUCAAAGAUUGGGGACACGUGAAUAUCUUAAUAUUUUAAAUUACACUCUUAACAGGAAGUAGAUUCUUUUGUACAAAUGCAACGCCCUUAGAAGAUUUAAGAUCAAAUUAUACUCUGACCAGUUCUGUUACAAACAUUUGGUUUGGUAUAUAAGAUAAGAUUGCAUAAUUUGCUACUGUUGUCUAGAGUCCCUGUGGAAGAAUGUCUACAUUCACUCAAAGGUAUUGUUAUUUAAAAUAUCCUGUAAUUUACUUGCUUCAGAUAAUUUUUUGUGAUAGGUUGCUUCAAGGGUAAUUCACACAUCUGAAUGUGACUUUCUAUUUCUUUUUGAUUUAUGCGUAUAAUCAGCAACUCCUUUUGCAGUGAAUUAACAUAGAUUAAACGUUUGGCACUGUUUAUCCAUUGAGGAAAUAGCUCCUUUGGUUCUUGACUUGUAACACUGGCGAUGGUCCUCUUCUCUAGAGAGAUCAAUAUCAUCCCAUGGGUCCAUAGUCUCAUAUAUGAAAUGUAGGUUAGACCGCUAAAGAAACUAUAUAUUUGUUGGAUGAUAAAAUGCGGCAUCCCUCUCUCUCUCUCUCUCUCUCUCUCUUGCUGUAUGUUUCUGACUCUCUUGUAGUGAAGUUCCAGACCUCCAGGAAACGCUAGCCGAUCAUUCCAGUUCGUGAUGUAUCCAAUGGCCACCCUGUAUGGUUCCAGACUCUCCACUAGAAAGUCAGGAUGGAUUUCAUCCCGCAGAUUCCUAAAAUCAAGAUGGUCAGUGGAGUCCCAAGCAAGUUGAGGGUAUGGUGGGAAGAUUUAGACUUGGGUAGUAGAUUGGCGGUCACAAGGAUGUUGAAGUUCCUCCCUUCGUUGUUUCAGAUCACUCCAGACAAGCAUAUAAUUAGGGCUUUACUCCAAUUUUGGGACCUUGACCGAGUAGUGUUCAAAUUUAAAGAUUUCGAGCUAACACCCACAUUGGAAGAGAUAAGCUACUUUACAAACUUGAAAUACCAAGGGAAGGGUCAGAUUAUCCUGCACAGUCAAUCGGGAAAGAAAUUUCUCCGCUAUUUGGGUUUGAACAACACAAAGGAACUUCGGUGCUUCGAAGGUAAUUGGGUAUCUUUGGACUAUUUGUAUGAGAGGUAUGGGUGUCAAGACGGGUAUAAUUUGUUCAAAAAGGAAUUUUCGUGCACUCCCGCUCAUUGGCAAGCUAGACGACCCGUCGUAUUCGCUGUAGCCUUACUUGGGAUUUUGGUAUUCCCACGUGAAUACGGCCAGAUCAGCACCUGCAUUUGCUCUGUGGCUCGAGCUCUCUUUGAAGGGGUUGAUGAUGCGCAACUCGCUUUAGUUCCAAUGAUUUUGGCAGAGAUAUUCCGGGCUUUAGGGAAAUGUAGACGGGGAAAAACGAGUUUCUUUGAGGGUUGCAAUAUUCUCCUCCAGAUGUGGGCAAUGGAGCAUUUUUAUCAACGCUGGAAUAUGGCAGAUAUAUGCUUAGGUGAGUCAAAAAGAAUUACUAGUUUUUAUGAAAGGACGAAACCGUUCGUAUCUCCCGUUGGCACUCGCGAUUGGUAUGGGUUCUUGGCUUCCCGAACUGGCAAUCAAAUCCAAUGGAAGUAUCCUUUGUUACCCCGUACCACGGUUUACAUAAGAGGAAGGAAAAAUUAUUACAUUGAGCUUAUUGGGCUGAAGGGCCUCCAGCCAUACGCCCUGGUGCGCGUGCUUCGGCAGUUCGGUAUAGAUCAGGUAAUCCCUCUCCAAGCUGAUAUGAGCGGCUCUGAAAUAUUUUUUAGGCAGGACUUUAGAAUUCCUAGAGCUGGACUAAUUCUCGAUGAAUGGGUUAACAUUAAUCCAAUAAGCAUUGGGGUAGGACCGGCGGAAGGUAGUCCAGAAUAUCGCGCAUGGCUGCAAGAAGAUUAUGGUAGCAUAGAGCCUAGCCCAGCAGGAGAAUCAGGUUUUGAAGACAGACUGAAGACAAUCUGGAUAAGACAUGCUCGCUUGGGGACCAUGGUUAUCACUCCCGAGAUGUGGGAUCAAAUGACGAACAUCAUGCAAUAUUUCGGAAAUACGGGAGCACGAUCUAACGGUGAUGGAGCAUCGUCUUCAGCUCAGCUACCAGCAUGAUCAAAUUUAGGCCAAGUUGUGGAUUGCCUCUGUAUUAUGUUAUCUUUUGAUGUAUCCUUGUUUAUUUGAUGUACUCGCUUUUAUUUUAUCCAAUGGUAUUUGGC